GCUCUCCGCAUCGCCAGCCCUGCCUGCCUGCCUGCCUGGCGGCUCCCUCCUGCCCGCCGCCCGUCCCUCCCUCCCUGUGGCGGCGCGGGGGCCCCUGUCGGACGCUUUGGCGGAGGCGCCCGUGAUGAGGAAGCCACAGGAUGCCCAGCAGCAUCGGACAAAGGUUUAAACCCACCAAGUACAUCCCGGUCUCCACCGCCGCAGCCUUACUGGUGGGAUCCACCACUUUGUUCUUCGUGUUCACGUGCCCCUGGUUAACAAGAGCCGUCUCCCCAGCCAUCCCGCUGUACAAUGGACUUGUGUUUCUUUUUGUCCUUGCGAACUUCAGCAUGGCGACAUUCAUGGACCCAGGGGUUUUCCCACGAGCAGAUGAAGAUGAGGAUAAAGAUGACGAUUUUCGAGCUCCGCUGUACAAGAACGUGGAGAUCAAAGGGAUCCAAGUACGGAUGAAAUGGUGUGCCACCUGCCACUUCUAUCGCCCUCCUCGCUGCUCGCAUUGCAGUGUCUGUGACAACUGUGUGGAGGAUUUUGACCACCAUUGCCCUUGGGUUAAUAACUGCAUAGGACGGAGGAACUACCGAUAUUUUUUCCUUUUCUUGCUGUCCUUAAGCGCCCACAUGGUUGGAGUGUUCACCUUUGGACUCAUCUUUGUUUUAAACCACGCAGAAAAACUAGGGGCAGUGCAUACUGCCGUUACAAUGGCUGUCAUGUGUGUCGCUGGGUUGUUCUUUAUUCCUGUCAUUGGCCUUACGGGCUUCCAUAUUGUUCUAGUGGCUCGUGGACGCACAACCAAUGAACAGGUGACAGGCAAAUUCCGUGGAGGGGUGAAUCCUUUCACUCGAGGAUGUUGCGGUAACGUGGAACAUGUUCUCUGCAGCCCUCUGGCACCCAGGUACAUUGUUGACCCAAAGAAGAGACAGCCAGUAAGCGUGAAACCACCUUUUCUGAGACCAGAUUUAACUGAGCGGCAGAUUACGGUCAAGAUAAGUGACAACGGCAUUCAAGCCAACCUCAACUGGAGCAAGUCUAAAGUUAGCCUGGAAGGGCUGGAAGACAAAACCUUGGAUAUCCAACCACCUUUACCACCCAAAGGAGACUCCAGCAAAUACAGCGAAUUGGGAAGCAAUGAAGCCAGAAGCCUUUCGCCCAAACUGAUCCAGCCAUACGCCAGCAAUGUACAAAUGCUCGCUAGCAUUCAGCAUGAAAAUCUAAAGGUACACUAUCAUGGAAGCGUCUGUUUUCACACCCUGAAGCAAUCUCCGGAUAGUGUUAUUGGUCCUCUUGAGGAAACCCCUGGAUAUCUUAGAGAAAGUAUCUCCAUAAAGGAUGGUCAUAAGCAAGUAGCUGUCAUGGACGAGAAUGUCAGCAGCCUCGAUUACCAGUCAGAACCAAGCAUGGACAUCCCCAGCUAUCAUAAGAGCUCCCUUCACAAGACCUACCAGUCAUCUCCGCUUCAAAUAGACUCCUUUGCUGUCAAUUCGAGAUCUUUGAGCCUCAAAUCUGCCAGCCGGCGAGGGCUAGACAAAGUGUCCCUGCACCCGCUGAAGACAGAAGGGGUCGCCUCAACACCUUACAAGAGCAUCUUUUCCCCCAACUCUUUGUCGAACAGGAAUGGGAGUCUGUCUUACGACAGUUUGCUCAACCCCAUGUCCCCUUCAGGGCGGAGGUGCGUAGCUCAUCCCGCUGUGGGCUCCAUUGGGUACCACUCGCCAUAUUUGUCAGCCAAAAUGUGCCACCUGCGGGGCAGAGAGCUCCAGCGCCAGCCCCCGCAAAGUUUCAGCCCUGUGCUGGGCAGCCCGGCCUCGCACCCGCGCGACCCCUCGCCAGUGCGCUAUGACAACCUAUCGAAAACUAUUAUGGCAUCCAUUCAGGAGAGGAAAGAAAUGGAGGAGAGGGAAAAGCUCCUCCACUCUCACCCGGACUCUGUGUUUGCAGACUCGGGGGUGUACGACACCCCCAGCUCUUACAGCCUCCAGCAGGUCAGCAUGCUGUCGGAAGACCCGCGUAGCCUCGUCUUGAGAUAUGGCUCUAGAGACAAUCUGAUGAGCGCGAGCAGUUUUAGUGCGAGGAACCCUGUUCUGCAGGCCUCGGUGACUUCCCUCUCCAGUGUAAUGACCAGAACGUCAAGGACUUCCACUCCUUCCAUACAAGCGGACCUGGCCAAUAACAAUGUCCAAGCCCACCAAGCAUUGCAAGGCAGGAUGAGCAAUGGUUCCUUCAAGUCUCCUGGUCACCAAGUCCCACCAUCCCCCGGUGGGAUCCCCAGGUCACCCUCAUACGGCCCGAAAGCUGUCUCAUUUGUCAAUGCUGUGGAAAUAACCGAGGCACAACCAAUGGGCACUCCAAGGGAGGACAUCCAGUUGAAGACACCUCACAGUAAAAUUAACGGACAGCCGAAAGGAAUUUCAAGGGUAGAGUGUCGGAUAGGGUCAACGCCAAGCCCCCAGGGCCCCCCAGCCAGUCCGGCUAGACACUCAAAUGUUAAGAAAGUGUCUGGAGUGGGUGGAACAACCUACGAAAUUUCGGUAUAAAAAGAAAUUCACGGGGGGGAAAAAGAGCCAUCCGCAAAACCAGCCGUGAAGCUAGGUGCACUGUGAAAACUCAGAUAAUGCCAACAAGAAGAGGAGGAAGCGCAGCUGACGGUGUCCUUUCUAUUUUGUGUCCUGGGAUUGGUUGGUUUUUGUUUUUUAAAUUUAAAAAAAAACACUCCACUUUUCUUUUUAAAAAAAUGUUUUGGCCAAAAACCAGCUGUAGCCUUAUUUGUGAAGAAAUAAACUUUGUACAGCUGAUUGGAAGAAAAUCUCUCCAACGGGCAGUUGGGAACCGGCCGAACCCGUCGACGAAAGCACGGCAUCGUGAGCCAGAGAUUACUCUUGCUUUUUGUGGAAGAGAGUGGAAAAGCCAUUGUGCGUUUGUCUGUCCAUCAAAUCCUGUCAUGUCGAUGUGUACUGCGAUCUGAAAACAGUGGAUCAGGCUCAGUGGCUCUCUCCGUCCUGUCCCAGUCGGAUGGCAAACGAUAGCAUAGAAAGAUAGUUGAAUAGAUUUUUUUUUCAUCCUAUAAAUUAUGAAUACUCGAUUUCUUGGACGAGGUUGCUAUUGUCCCAGUGCAGCGAAUAGCAAUGGCUGCCAAUUCAUUUUACAGGAGGAAACAGAUUCAUGUGGGUAUUCAUAGCCACAGGAGACGAGGCCUGAUGAUCGGACCAAACAUCUAUUUAGACCAGCAUCCUUUUUCCCAUAGUGACUGGCCAGAUGCAUUUAAAAUGCCCACAAGAAGGCAUAACACAACAGACCUCUUUGAGGCCAACGUGGUGUAGUGGUUAAGAGCAGGGGCACUCUAAUCUGGGGAACCGGGUUUGGUUCCCUGCUCUGCCACUUGAGCUGUGGGAGCUUAUCUGGUGAACCAUAUUAGCUUGUGCACUCCAACA